AUGGAUAUAUAUUCGAUGGAGAACUCCAGCGGUGUCAUCCUGUCCAUGGGUGGUCAAGUGCCGAACAACAUUUCACUUCCGCUGUACAGGUCCAACGUUAAGAUCCUGGGCACAUCACCGGAAAUGAUUGAUACAGCCGAGAACCGCUACAAGUUCUCCCGUAUGCUCGACAGACUGGAUGUCGACCAGCCGCAAUGGAAGGAGUUGACCAGCACUGAAGAGGCUAAGGAAUUCUGCAGGAGAGUCAAGUACCCAGUGCUCGUGCGACCAUCGUAUGUGCUCUCUGGCGCGGCGAUGAACACUGUCUACUCGGAGCACGAUCUCAAGAACUACUUGGACCAAGCUGCCGAGGUGUCGAAGGACCACCCAGUUGUCGUUACCAAGUACAUUGAGAACGCAAAGGAGAUUGAGAUGGACGCUGUCGCUCGUAACGGCACCAUGAUCGGUCACUUCAUCUCGGAGCACGUUGAAAAUGCCGGUGUGCACUCUGGAGAUGCCACCCUCAUUCUGCCACCCCAGGAUCUCGACCCAGAAACCAUCCGCAAGAUUGAAGAUGCCACACGCAAGAUUGGUGAGGCAUUGAACAUCACCGGUCCUUACAACAUUCAAUUCAUCGCCAAGGACAACGACAUCAAGGUCAUCGAGUGCAACGUUCGUGCCUCGCGAUCUUUCCCGUUCGUUUCCAAGGUCAUGGGUCUCGACCUAAUCGAGAUGGCUACCAAGGCGAUGACUGGCCUGGCAGUACGCGCCUACCCACCUUUGACAGUCCAGCCGGACUACGUCGCUGUCAAGGUGCCCCAAUUCUCUUUCUCUCGCCUCCAGGGCGCCGACCCUGUCAUGGGUGUGGAGAUGGCAUCUACUGGUGAAGUCGCUUGCUUCGGUCGCACCAAGUACGAGGCAUACAUGAAGGGUCUUAUCUCGACCGGCUUCAAGCUGCCAAAGAAGAACAUCUUGCUCUCUAUUGGAUCAUUUAAAGACAAGAUGGAGAUGCUUAAGCCAGUAGAGACUUUGCACAAGCUCGGCUACAAGCUUUACGCCACUGCUGGUACCGCCGACUUCCUCGAGGAGAACAACAUUCCCGUUCAGUUCUUGGAGGCUCUCGGCGACAAGGAAGACCAGCGUGAGGAAUACUCGCUGACCCACGCUCUGGCUAACAACCUGAUUGACCUUUACAUCAACUUGCCAUCAAACAACAAGUACAGACGUCCAGCCAACUACAUGAGUAAGGGUUACCGAACUCGUCGUAUGGCUGUUGACUUCCAGACACCGCUCGUCACCAACGUAAAGAUCGCCAAGAUCUUGAUCGAGGGUAUCGCCAGGAACUACGACUUCAGCAUCAGCAAGGUCGACUACCAAGAGUUUGCUGAAGUCUCGACAGCGCCACCUGUCGUGCCACAGCCACAGCAAGCUCUUCUUGAGCCUCUUCACGAUCUUCUCAAGAGAUCGUCGCUCAAGGGCAAGGAUGUCGUCUCUGUCAAGCAGUUCACGAAAGAGGAUUUGCACCUGCUUUUCACUGUUGCUGCUGAGAUGCGUCUAGGCGUAGAGCGUGACGGCUGCCUUGAUAUCCUGAAGGGUCGUGUCCUCUGCGAAAUGUUCUUCGAGCCUUCGACCAGAACUUCGGCGUCUUUCGAUGCUGCCAUGAAGCGUCUUGGCGGUCAAACUAUCAUGAUCAACGAGGCGCACUCAAGCACAAAGAAGGGCGAGUCGCUCGAGGACACCAUUCGUACCCUCGACCAGUACGGCGACGCCAUCGUCCUUCGACACCCAGACAACGACUCCGCCGACAUUGCCGCUAAGUACUCAGACCAUCCAGUCAUCAACGCCGGCAACGGCUCUCGCGAGCACCCCACACAGGCAUUCCUCGACCUCUUCACUAUGCGCGAAGAACUUGGUACCGUCAAUGGCCUCACCAUCACCUUCACAGGUGAUCUCAAGUACGGCCGCACCGUCCACUCUCUCUGCGAAGUCCUCCGACACUACAACGUGACCGUCCAGCUUGCCGCACACCCACAACUCGCCCUCCCUAAGAAGGUUCGCGAGUCGCUCCAGGCGCGUGGUCAGCUCGGCCUUGAAUCCGACCGUCUCACACCCGACAUCAUCGCCAACACUGAUGUCCUCUACUGCACUCGCGUGCAGAAGGAGCGAUUCGAGGAUCUUUCGGUCUACGAGGAAGUCAAGGACGAGCUCGUCGUCAGCUCGAAGACUCUCCGUGAUGCGAAGAAGAAUAUGAUCGUCAUGCACCCACUUCCUCGUAACAUGGAGCUUUCUCCAGAGGUUGACGACGACCCGAGAGCGGCGUAUUUCAGACAGAUGAAGUAUGGUAUGUUUGUGAGAAUGGCGUUGCUUGCGCUGGUCAUGGCGCCGUAA